GGCCAUAUGGAGCACAGGGGCUCCUGGCAGGCUGUGUUUCACCUGCUGGAGGUAAGCUUUGGCUCCUCGUGGAGAACAGCCCUCCCACAUCUGUGUACUUCAGAUGUUCCUCCACAGUGUAGGGGCUGAGGUGUAGUUUGGGUAAUUGGGCCUUAAGUAAUUGCUGGUUUUUGUGAUGCAUGGUGCAGCUGAGGUUACGCAGCAGUGAUUGUGUUUGCUGAGGGUGCAGGAAGCACUCGGCUCCUGUUGCACAGGGCAUGGGUUUGUCUGCAGCCUGCAAAACAGAGUCGCCCUGACAUCACAGCUCUAUAGCCAUGGUCAGAGAGCAGCAGCCCAUUGCAGUCCUUGGUUCUCCAGGCAUCUCCCCUCCCCGUGGUCUCUAUUUAUCCACUGCUUGAGGCUCUGAAACCUAAAUGUGAAUUCAGGCUUUUUGGCCGUCAGAGCAGAGAAACGAUAAAGAAGUUGAAGGUGACUGUGUAUUAGUUGGGCUCUUUUUGCUGACACGAAUGCCUUCCCCCACGCUGAUACCCACUAAUCUCCUCAAUCUGGUUGGGUCACUGAGCAUGGUGGGGCAAAGCCCUUCUCCUGCCUGUCUCCCUGCAGGUGACCUGUGCAUAUCCGAGAACGAGAGGAGGGUGGUGUCGAAGGAAGCCUGGAAGAAGCUCAAGCAAUAUUUCCCAAAGGCCCCUGAGUUCCCAAAAACAGAGUGCUGUUCCCAAUGCAAAAUUUUGGAGCGCGAAGGAGAAGAAAAUAAAGCACUGCACAAGAUGAUGGCCAGUGAGCAGAAGACGUCCCUCCAGAACUUGUUCCACGACAAAUGCCGGCCUUGCCUGGGCAGCUGGCCGCAGGAGACAGACGAGCUGUAUAUUGUUUCACAGUUCUUCGUAAAAGAAUGGAGGAAAUUUGUCAGGAGGCCGACGCAGUGCAGCCCCGUUUCCUCGCUGGGGAACAGUGCUCUGCUCUGCCCCCACGGGGGCCUCAUGUUCAGCUAUGCUUCCAUGAACAAAGAAGACUCCAAGCUUAUAGCUCUAAUAUGGCCCAGCGAGUGGGAGAGGAUUCAAAAGCUCUUUGUGGUGGAUCACGUCAUCAAAAUCACCCGCACACGAGUAGCCGGGGAGCCCGAGAGCGCGCUGUACAGCUCCGAGCCCCAACUGUGUCCAGAGUGCAGAGAAGGGCUGUUGUGCCAGCAGCAGCGGGACUUACGCGAGUACACCCAAGCGACCAUCUACAUCCAUAAAGUGGUGGAUAAUAAAAAGGUAAUGAAAGAUGCUGCUCCGGAGCUGAACGUGAGCAGCUCAGAAGCUGAAGAGGAAAGGGAGGAAAACAAGCCAGAGGGGGAGCAAGACCCAGAUUUUAACCAGAGCAACGGUGGUGCGAAGCGCCAGAAGCUUUCACACCGGAGCCACGUCUCCUACCAAAAGCAGGGCAUCCGGCGGAGCACCCGGCACCAGAAGGUCAGGGAGGAGAAAGCACUGGUCGUUUCUGCUAACCAAACAUUGAAAGAGCUGAAAAUACAGAUCAUGCAUGCAUUUUCAGUUGCUCCCUUCGACCAGAACUUGUCCAUCAAUGGGAAGAUCCUGAGCGACGACACAGCGACGCUCGGCAGCCUGGGCGUCAUCCCCGAGUCCGUCAUCCUGCUCGAGGAUGAUGAGCCAAGUGCGGAUUAUAAGGCGAUGGAGGAUGUGGUGCAAGUUUGUACGCCUGAAGAAGGAUUUAAAGGGACUGGCUUACUCGGACACUGAUGGCUUUACAAGCACUGGCAGACCAGAAGAGAAGAGGAUUUGACAUGGUAGGGCAUUUAGAGAGAAGGUGGAUACGGGACUGAACUCUUGACUCUUCCAGAAGGCAGAAUUCCAUUCUGAAAUGACUGCCCCCAAAAUGCCUUAUGUCAAAGCAGAUUGCACUGAAGGACAUCCUGACUUCAAGAGAACGUUCCCCAUUUUAUGUUUAAUAAAGCAACAGUAGGGUUGGAAAGAGUAGCAGCAGAGGCAGCGUGUGCCAGGUUCAGGCAGAUGUUUGCAGGGGAGGCGGGGGCCUCGUCUGUCCCAGAGGAGUUGUGAUGCGGUCGAUCAAAACCAGCUCCAUCCAUUCUCCGGUAACUCUUGAGGCGUAACCUGCUUCCAGAUAAUCCCCUCUUUGAUCCGCUAUUCCUCUUUCAGUACAGCAUGAAAGUAAAGAAAUUGUUCGUUGUGAGGAAUGUCUUCAUCCAUUUCCCUGCAGUGUGAGCCCUGCGCUCCCAGGGCCGGGCUGCCCACACCGCACCGCUCGCCUUCGCAGCUUCACUUCCAGGCGCGACCGCUCCGAGUAACCGCACGGUCUCUCUCUCUGUGAACUGUGUUUUUAGAAACGUGGGCUGUUUUAAUGACUUUUGAUAACAUCUUUCUCUGGUUCGUUACUGCCGGGAGCCCUCUGCCCCUCGCUUCGGACCCAUCAGGGCUGCGGGGCCCUGGCGAGAGGUUUUCCCUCUGUUCUUGUUUUCAGGGAUGCACUAAUUAAUUUGUUUACAUCUCCAGCUCCCAGAAAGGAUCUCUCCCUCUCCCCAGUUGCGUGUUUGUAGCAGGAGCUAGUGUUACCACUUCCAGACUUGAGGGAAGAAAAAAAAAAAGGGCACUGUUGAGUUGUCUUCAUAAUAAAGUUAGACAUCUCUCGUUCUGUCA